AGUACUUGACAAAGAAAUUGAAGUAUUCACUCAACAAGCAAUCUGCAAUUUCGAAACUAAUUGUGUGGAUAAUGUAUUGAUCUGUUUGGAAAACACUUGCCAGUCCUGACGUCUGGAGAACAUUCUGGGGAAAACAACCCAUUAGACUGGAAGAAAGAUAUAUCAGAGACUGACAAUUGCCACCAUCAGUUGCAUACAACUACUCCUUUAUCCAAAGUGUGUUUCUGCGAAGACCAAAUAAAUUUUCAGCCUUUCAAUUUUUAAGGAGCCAGUCUCAAAAUGUUGUGAAGAGAUGAAAUACAGCUUUUGCAUUCUUGCUUAGAUGAUUCUCUACAGCCCAACAAAAAUCUGAUAGUACUAGUACUUCAAAAGCAAGAAGCAGUUAAAAUGACAUUUUGAAUAUAACAAUACCUACAAUCUAUUGAAAAAAUGCAACACUUGUCUUUGGUGACAGAGGAACACAUUACCACAGAGUCUUGGGUGCAUGCUGUCAAUGGGAGUGAAGAAGCAGGCUGUAUAAACCUAACAUCUUCCAAUCCUGCCCUCGACUUUUACAUUGAUACAGUGCUUGUUGGCUGCCUCAGUUUAUUUGGGUUGAUUGGGAACUUGGUAUCAUUCUUAGUACUGCAAAAAACCAAUGGCAAGUUAACAUCCACUGCAGUUUUACUCCAGGGCCUGGCUUUCUUUGAUUCUUUCUUCAUCCUGGGGAGCAUAUUUUACCAUAGCCUGCGUUCAGUGUACCCUUAUACUGGGUAUAUGACCACAUAUUGGAAUAAUUUUCCAUUGGUUCAGGUUCAUGUUCUUCCAUGGUGGUACAUCAGCCAGACCUGCAGUACAUGGAUGGUCACUUACAUAACUGUUGACCGCUACUUAGCAGUUCAUCAUCCCAUAAAGGCCAUAAUCCAUUGUUCUGCCAAGCGUGCUCGCAAGAUGACAGUCGUGAUAUUCCUUCUUGCAGUCCUCUAUAACAUCCCAAGAUUCUUUGAAUAUCGAGUUUUGAAGUUACCAUUGCACUGCGAGGUUCAUUACUUGAGGUAUCAAGCCAGUCUUUUCACAAAUACAACAUACAGAUUUAUGUAUGCAUGCUGUUUAUAUUUCUUAACAAUGUACAUACUGCCUCUUGUUAUACUAAUUGUGUGCAAUAUUCAGCUGAUUCGAGAGGUGCAUCAAGCUUCAAGAAACAGAACAUGCAUGGUACUAUCAUUAAAUAUGAGAUCACAUAGAGAGGAUGGCAGUAUCAGCAUUAUUGUCAUUGCAGUAAUAUUGUCAUUUAUACUCUGUAUUGGACCUGACCUUGUGCUCCAAAUAAUGUUUGUAACUAAUGCAAGUUAUUCUCAAAGAUGAAUGCACCAUUUUUAUAGAGGCACAUGGGAGGAGAAUUUUCCGGGGGUGGGGGUUAUACAAUUCGGAUAGAAAAGAAAAAGCUCAUGCAUAUUAUUGAGUUCACCGUGGAAUGCAGAAGUCUGACAAAUACAGCAAUCUGCACGUUGAGUUUCAAUGGUGAAGAAAGGGACAACAACAGUUUCCUUGUUAAAUUGACAGAGGAUGAUGUCGUAGCAGCAAAAUUUUUAUAUAAAACAAUAGCUGAACAUUCCAGCAUUCAGUUGAGACGUUGGCUUGCCUGCAGGAGCCUAAAAUCCAGUGGAAACCGGAGUGAAGUGGUCGAAAGGUAGGUUCAGUGAUAUUUUUUCUGUCUGUAAAAUACAUGUAUCAGAAAGAGAUGUUCUUAAGUAUUCAUGUAUGUCUAUACAUCAGUGAUUUAUGGGUAACUUGCAGUCACUAUCAUCGAUAUCACUGAGAGGUUUUCGGGGACUAGCCAGGUUUUGUCGGAGAGUAUGGGUCACCGGCCUGGCAUGUUGCUUUUUCUUUCCCGCAAGAUUUGCUGGUGCAUGCGCAGUGCGAUCUAAACAGGUGGCCCUUCCAGUAAAGUAACCGAAUCACUGGAGAAAAUCCAGCUUGCUAGUAGGAUUUUUAGAAACUGGUUUACAAAAUCCUCAUGCGUUCAGACUACCACAAUAAUUCGAAUCUCGACCUAAUUUGCUACUUAACCAGUUAAAUGCAGUGUGAACGGGGUAUAAAGUGUCUGACAAUAUGUUUCAUGUCAAAGCCAAAGUUUUGCCCUCUAUGAGAAAUGAAAAUCCAUACACUGUGACUAUUGCUCUGUCCAUCAUAAGUGGAGCAGUGUUAGAUGCCACUUGCUAUUGCAAGUCUUCAGCCCUAAGAAGAUGCAGCCAUAUUGCUGCUGUUCUUUUAUCACUUUGUGACUCUGCAGACAGGGGUAACAUAAUAAAUUUUAAUCUAAAAAAAAAUCAAGCUAAAAUUUUUUCUCAUCAAACAACGUUCGUGUAUGUAGAGGUUGUUAAUAAUCUAUUGUCAGGGAUUACUCUGGGUCAUGAAAUCACAGGAAGUAUGCAUUUAAAACAGCAAUCUUGCAUGUUUAUUUGACAAAUGGUGUGAUAAAUUCAUGGAAAUAAAAAACCCACAUCUUUUUUAAUGAAAUGGAAACUCGGUAUCACAGACAGCAGCUUGAUAUUUAGUUAACAUUUUUACAGCCAGAAAUAUAUGUACUAAGAGACCAUUCCCACAGAUAUUUAGAUCGAUCUAUCCCCCUGGAGAGUCUCACUAAAUUGCU